GCACGCUCGCUCUCACUCGGGUUCCAGUGCAGUGAGCGCGCGCGCCGCGGAUGCCUCGACGCCAACGGAGCGCAACUUCGCCCCCGCGCCGCCGCCGCCGCACUUCUUCUGGCUCACGUUUGGAUUUCUCCACUGGAUUACUUUGGCUUUUGCUUGGAGAGAACUUCCAGGACGGAUUCUCGGAGCGGGCGGGCGCGGGGCUGCGAAGGACAAGUGCGCCGCGCGUCCGGCUUGACUUGGGAUCGUCCCACUUUUGGAGGAGCUAUGCCGAGCUGCCGCGCCGCACGGUUUGUUGCGCAGGAGUGAAAAGAGCGGCGACGCGCGCGGGCGUGCGCACGCUGGCCACUUUUCUUCCGCGCAAAUCUCGCCUGGAGCAAAAGCAAAAGCUCUCGCUUUCUCUCCCCCGCCCUGAGGGGAUGGUCGAGGGUCCUCGGGGGCCAGGGGCGACCGCGCGGCUCCUCCAGCACCGCUUCGUCUCGUUUGGGGUUCGGUCCAAUUCAAAAGGGAGAUGAGAGCCGCAAUUUCCUACUUCCUGCUGUGGACGACGUACCUGCUGUUGGCCACCGCUCAGGAAGUGCACUUUCCCCAGGAGCUGAUCGACAGACUGUCGCACAGUGAAAUCCGCAGCAUCAGCGACCUCCAGCGGCUCCUAGAGAUUGACUCCGUAGGUACGGGAAACGAUGUCUUCGAGGGGCCCAAGCAUCACAAGCACCCGCGCCACCAGCAGCCGCCGCCCCAGCAGCACCCGCACAAGAAUUCCUCCCGCCAUCCGGCUUUCUACAGCGACCUGAAGAGCUCGCAGCUCCACGGCCGCCGCAAGAGGAGCCUCGUGGAGGAGGCGGUCCCGGCGGCGUGCAAGACGCGCACGGUGAUCUACGAGAUCCCCAGGAGCCAGGUGGACCCCACGUCGGCCAACUUCCUGAUCUGGCCGCCCUGCGUGGAGGUGAAGCGCUGCACGGGCUGCUGCAACACCAGCAACAUGCGCUGCCAGCCCUCGCGCAAGCACCACCGCACCGUCAAGGUGGCCAAGGUGGAGUACGUCAAAAGGCGGCCCAAGCUCAAAGAGGUCUUUGUGCGAUUGGAAGACCACCUGGAGUGCGUGUGCACGUCGCAGCAUCACGUCGUGGAGCACUCCGACGCAGAAACAGUGGACGUGAGGUGAGGACGUCAGCGCGGGCUCAUCGUUGCUCCACACUGAACUUUCCCCCUCGAUGAACCUAAGAAACCACGAUGCCAAAGGUGCUUCUUUUUUUUUUUUCCUUUUUCAAACCGAUCCCAUCAAAGACUCGCCGACGAUGACGAGGAGCCCGCUCAAAAGGACACGAGAAGGGAGGACGACGAAAGGGACUUCUCUCUUUACGGACCGUGAAAAAGCACGAAAGCGGCGCUCGACCUCCGGCGGGGCCGCCGGAGCGCCCCGCCCUCCUUUUAAAGGCACGCGGGCCAAAGGUCGCAGAGGCCGUCGUCGCCGACCCCGGACGCUCCUUCCGAACGACUGACGCUGGAGGACGCACGCGUCCAAUUUGCGCUCUUGUCAGCCUCUUCUUCUUCAUGACAGUGUAUCGAGUCUUGUGUAUUGCUUUGGAGAACGCCGGAAAGCCGGCGGGGGCCAGAUGCUUUUAUUUUUGUGAUGAGACAUAUUAGCCUAGUUUUCAUUGCUCGUUGAAUGUCUGUAUUUAAUCCAUGCGGGCGGAGAAGAAAAAAAAAGCAACAAAAAACCCCAUAAAGCAGCACGUCGGAAGUGCUCCUUAAUGUGUGCGGAAUACGUCGACGCCAGUUGUUUUUCAGCCGUAUCGCUGUCAUGCUGAUAAGGACCAUGGCCACCCACUCUGCUGGAACACACACUCACACACGGAGCAAAGUCCACCUUAAGGAGUGAACGAACAAGCAGAGCAUAAAUGAGCUCCUUGUUUGGGGGCCCGGCGUCGCAGGUCACAUCGCAACGUCUUCUCGGCGACACGGCUAUUUGCUACAAGUGCCGUCAAACGGAGCCAGUGGACGGCGGCCGCUGUCCAAAAAGCGCAACCGUCGUCAAGGAUGCUGCGUUUCCAUGCCGCCGCGUGUCUCGCCACUGUUUAGGUUUUGUCUUGGGUUUUUUUUUAGGGGCGGGGGGGAAUUCCCACAACAACAACAACAAAAUAUGAAUUUGUCAUUGUUUUUUUUUGUUUUAGCAAAGAGGAAACGAGACAAAGCUUCCUUUUUUUUCCAAACAAAGACGGCAGUCACUGUAAUUUAUCUAUUUAUGUUGAACAAUAAAUGUAUUUCUGCUCA